AUGCCCAAAGCACGGCGCGCUGCAACGCAUGCACCGCGGCACAACCCGCUCCAUCGGGCGUGUGUGCAAGUCCAGGGUGUUGCCCAAGAGGAGGUCGUGCCUGUACUGGCAAAACUGCCCGACAGCGCGCAAGGCGCGGCAGCAUCGCCCGGAGAGACGGUUUGGGCGCUCGCCUCUGUCUCCAACCUACUUGCCGACGAUACAGACGGAAAGCACACACGGCUGCUGCUAUCGAAGAAUAUUAUUGGCCGUGUCCUAUACGCACUCGAUACGUGUACAGACCUUGAGGUGCGCCGCGAAGCGAGCGGCGUCCUGCGCAAUAUAUGUCUCGACGGCCAUGCAGAGAUGCUCGGCGAGGUAGCCAACAAAGGCGGCCUCGACAUUGCGCUGCGCUGCCUGCGCUGGGCAGCACUAGGGCUGCAGAGCCACGAGCGCAGUGUCGAACGUGCGCGUGCGCCGCAGCAGGAAGAACGCGCGCGCCUCUUGACCAAGCCCGUCGAGGAGAUGAACCGAAAAGAACGGCGGCACGCGGCAAAACUGCGCGCCGGUGUGGUGCUUGAUACAGACGUGGCAUCUGCAGCAUUUGCACUGGAUACGUCCGAUGUGCUCGACCUGCAGGGGUGGGGCGCCGAUGCUGCCGCGUCGCUGCGCGCCAUGGCGCCCGACGCAGCGCUGAGUCUUGUGGAGAUGUGCGCUUCGCUCGUUACGCUUGUGGGCUGUGCUGCUGAGGCCAGUGAGAAACUUACCACCAAGCUCGCCCAGUUUGACUGGCAGCGCGACGCGAUGGACGAGACUGCUUCGGUAGAACGCAGCGCGUACGCUGGCGAAGGACUGUGUACCUGGCUGUGCCAGGCGCUCUGGCUUGGCAUGGAAGGUGCCUCCACGCUCCAGGCGCCGCUGUGCGACGCAGUCCUUGCUCUUGUGACUGCGAGUGCCAACACUUUGUGCGCACUGACCGAGGAAGACGCGUGUGUACUUGCGUGCGCUUUGGCGGGCCUCCCAACGCAGCUGCCGAGCGCCAAGCGCAAGAAGCGCGAUCGGCAAGCCAAGCCCGUCGCACUGCCGACGCCUGCAGCGCAGCGUGCAGCGAUGGCGCGCGGAAGUGCACGUCUCGCGAUUCUCGCUCGCGCUGUGGACUUUGUGCAGGAGAAUGCCGCGCCGGCCAUGGCCGUGUUUGGCACGAUGGCCGCCGGCGUACUGUGCAAUGUGCACUGCGCCAUGUACACGCCUAUGGCACAGGAAGCGUUGGAGGCGGUAGAGACGCGUGUGACUGUAGCGCACCGUGGCCCGCUCGACGCGUUUGUUGUGCACACGGUGCUCGCAAAGCUGGUGCAUCUGCUUGCCACGAGCGAUGUGCACCAUACCGACGCAUUGCACACGGCCGAGCUUGCACUCGAAAUUUUGGCCGAGAUGAUGAGCUCGCUGGCAAAAGGCGCGGAAGAAGCGCCCUUUAUUGCCGCGCCGUCGAUGGAGCAAGAUGACUGCGCAAUGCCGUGCGACGAAGCGCUGGGCGAAUGCGAUGCACCGUUUAAUGAACUGGGGCAUGCGGUAUUUGCCCACGUCCUCCAAACGCCUCUCCUCGAUGUCCUUGCCAAGUAUGCGGCACCGUCCGCAGCCGCAGAACAAGUGUCGGAGCAUGGCGCGGCGCUGCGUGCAUUGGCGCAGCGUGCGCUUGCCGUGCUCAAUAAUUUCUUGUUGCGCCUCGCGCUGUUUGCGCCGCCGCCGCCUUCGCAGUGGCCUGCUGAGAAGCAUGCACUUGCACGCAUCUCGAUGUGGCGCGCUUGGGUCAGCACACGCUUCCUCGACCAGGCAGCGGGUCACAGUGGUGCCGGCGAUGCAUCGCCAGUGUUGGGUACAGCUGGAGAAGAGCUGCGCUGUGCGUGGAGGCACUGCUUUGCCAUUGCCGCGCAUUGGGCCGCAGUGCCGAGCGUAGCGGAGGCCGAUACCAGUGUAGAGCACCCAGCACCGUCUAUUGCACACGAUGGUCUGGCCAUGUUCGACACAUGUCUUGGGUGCAUGUGGUCGAUUGCGCGUCUCCUGGAAGGCCAGCUUGACAUUGACGACGGCGGUGCGCCCACGGCGCCGGUGCAGGCGCUGAUUGCAUCCUACCACGCUACACAGCUUGCGUCUGUGCGUGUAAAGAGCAUGGGCACGCUUGCCCUGCUUGCGCGGAGCCAAGUCUACCUUGCCACCUCGGCCACCGUUCCGCCCAGUACGAUGCGUGCAUACGCCAUCCUCGGCGAAUUUUUUAUACACGCCGUGCAAAAUGUACCCAAUCCGCAGCACAGCACAGCAGCAGAGACGCUUGUUGCGGCCCUUAACGCGGUGAUUGACACGUACGCAAACGAACUCGCGCCGUGGGACGUUGUGUACCGCGAGCAAGGCAUGCAAGAAAAACUCGUAGCGGCGCUCCCUACCAUGGUCUCUAUCGUACGUAUGCCCGCGCGCUCACCACAGGCCAAACACGUGGACCGGCGUGCGAAUCCGUCGUUAUAUGGGGCUGUAUCGGAGAGCGUAGACAAUUUGCGCGGGUUCCUCGAGUACCGUGCUAGUUUGUAG